GAGCUAAUUCCCCGUGCAACAUAUUCUCAACCCUCUGUACAUACUGGAAUCCUCGAGACGCAACGACGACCCCGCCGCGCACUCUCGCAGUCCUCCUCGAGCGCUCAAAUCGACACUGUCCCUCCGUCCGAAGCCCACGCAGCGCGCGAUCGCAACCCGCUGCGAGCCACCUGUCACCGACUCUGAUGGAAAUCGGAAGAUGAGAUACACCCGGCCCACACCCGCACCUGUCUACCUGAUGAGACAGUCUUCAUGAGUUGGAACCUUCUUGAGCGGUUCAUUCAGUCCGAGCACUUCAACAGAGACCCUUCGCUCACCGUUUCAUACCUUGCUCGCUACGCCGAGCACGUUGGUAUUCACUAUGUUCUCUGUUCGAAGCUGCGAGGCUUCAGCUACGAGGAGAUUGAGUUCUUUCUCCCACAGCUAUGCCACCUGGUCAUCUCGAUCGACAAUGAAUCGAUGGCGCUGGAGGAGUUCCUCGUAGAUCUGUGCGAGGAGUCUGUCAAUGGCGCGUUGCUGACAUUUUGGCUGUUCCAGACGUAUCUGCACGAUUUAUCCAGCCAGCCCUCGUCCCACGCUUUCCAGACCUGCCGCCGCAUGUACAACAAAGUGCAAAGUAUCGUAUUUGGAGGGGGUGAGCCUCUGCGAAGAGCACGUAUAAAGGAAAAUGUGCUGCCAGUCACAGUUCUUUCGAGUCUGGUACUGGCGGGAGUUGGACUGCCUCUUCUGCCACAACACGCUGGACCGCUCGCAAUCGCGCAAGCGAGGAGACCUCGGCCGAUCGAGGAAGGCGCGAGCGAAGUAUCACCGGCCACGCCUACAUUAAGCAGAAGCGCGACAGUUGGCGCAAGCACCGCGAGACGCAGCAGACCUGGAACGGGCGACGGGAAAGAGCCGCCAAGACGAAAGUCGCGAAGGCCACAAGACAUACAGGUCAAUGGGAACAUGCCUUCAUCUUCGACGCCUAACACUCCAGCGCUGCCCCAGGAGUCACGAUCGAAUAGCACGCGGCACGUUUCCGCAGGGAAUCCUGCACGACAUUCUCUCGCCCUCGGCAUGAACGCUGAGGGCCUUGUCAGCAGUGCUUCAUUGCCAGACAAGAAGCAAGACCGCCGGAAGGUAAGUGUCGGCAUGAGUCUUCCGGCGUCUCCUGGUGUCCCAAGGCGGUUAGGAGAGAUCACCCGGCGGCACUCACAGAAUUUGCGCCCCUCAACGCCAUCUACAAUGUCGAGAGGCCAGAAGGUCCGAAUGCUGCGGCAGAAUUAUUUCCGAAACCAGAGCCAAUUCCUCACUGCUCUGGAAGGCAUUUCCAAUCGUCUUGUAUCAGUCCCGAAGCCUGCCCGGUUGAGUGCCUUGCGUGCUGAGCUAGGUCUAAUCGCUCAGGACCUUCCGACAGAAGUGGAUAUACCUUUCUUGUGCCCAGCAACCCUGCUGGGAGGUUCGGCGAGUCGAAGCAAGCAUCACCGUAUCGUGCGUCUCAAUCCCGCAGAAGCGACCAGCCUCAAUAGCGCUGAGAAGGUACCAUACCUGCUGAUGCUAGAAGUAAUCCGGGAGGAUUUCGAUUUCGACCCCGAGAGUCAACAGAAUCAGGAACUCUUAUCCAAAAUUCUGUCGGAUCGAGGCAAGCAGAAGCGCAGACUCUUCGAUACAACUGAUGCUGCGCGGCAAGCAGCGAUUACGUCGCCGCAAGACGAAGUGAAAGUUGACAGCGUGCUGGAGCCUACUAGUGGUGACCUGUCAAGUACGGCCCUUCUUCAAGACUUGGACGAUACGCCAAGAUCUGGAACGAAUAGUCCGCGUCCUCGCGGGAUACAAGGAAGCUCAAGAGAGCCUCCGCGUCUGUCGAGUGGCGUCAGCACCAUUUCAACAUCGGCGAGCGUUGCGACGCCCCGGAACUCCGAAGGCUUGACGACUGCAAGGCCCAAUAGCUCCGACCGUGCAUCUCCAUUCCGACCACAAAAUGCGACCCAGGCUGACGUUUCUGCCCUCGCUGAUCACAUGCGAACGGCAUCGCAAAUGCUUGCACAACUGGAUUUGAGCGCGGCGAAGCGACCCAAAGCGGAAGUUGCAGCCAUCCGAGCCAAGAUCAUUGCGAGCAUGCAGUCGCUAGAGGAGCAAAGCUUUCUCGCGGAGGAGCAAGGACCAAGUUUCGACACCAUCAUGGCUAAGGCGGGCACCGCGAAGGCCGAAGCAGAAGAUCUCGCUGCAUCCUUGGAAGAUCAAACUGACGCUGAUCUCGUGAACACUGGCAAAGGAGCUGCCCGCAUGGAGAACGACGCCAUGACUGGUGGCAUCCAGCGCAAAGGCGACAGAGACGAUCCAAGCGCAGCAAUGUUCGGAGAAGCCUGGGAACAAAAGAAAGAGCGCAUUCGUAGAUCAUCACCAUAUGGUUGGGUCAAGCAGUGGGAUCUUGUUUCCGUGAUUGUGAAGACCGGCGCGGAUCUCCGGCAAGAAGCGUUCGCAUGCCAGCUGAUUGCUGUUUGCGACAGAAUCUUCGCCGAGCACAAUGUGGACGUGUGGGUCAAAAACAUGCGCAUUCUGGUCACCGGUGAAAGUUCCGGCCUGAUUGAGACCAUCACCAACGCAGUCUCGUUGCAUUCCAUUAAGCGAUCUCUCACCAUCGCAGGUAUCGCCGCUGGCACGAACCCCAAAAAGCGAAUUGCAACACUGCAAGACCAUUACAGCAAGACGUUUGGCUCUCCCGACUCGCCCGCGUACGUCAAAGCGCUCGACUGCUUCACUCGUAGCUUGGCGGCAUACAGCAUUAUCAGCUACAUUUUGCAGCUGAAGGACCGACACAAUGGCAACAUUCUUAUCGAUUCCGAAGGUCACGUCGUACAUAUCGAUUUUGGGUUCAUGCUGUCGAACUCGCCGGGCAACAUGGGCUUCGAAGCCGCUCCGUUCAAGCUGACUCUCGAGUAUGUGGAAGUGCUUGGCGGGCCGGAGAGCGAGGCAUUCAGCCGCUUCAAGGAACUCAUGAAAGACGCCUUCCAGGCACUACGAAGAGAGGCCGAACGACUCAUUACCUUGGUCGAGCUCAUGGGCCGCGAAAGCAAAAUGGCUUGCUAUGGAGGAGGUCUAGUAAACGUCGUGAGCGCGCUGCGUGCGAGAUUUGCGCUUGAGAAGAGCAAAGAGGAGGCUAGAGAUUUGGUGGAAGAACUCGUGAACAAGAGUAUUGGGAGCUACUACACGAGAUUAUAUGACACUUUCCAGUACAGGACGCAAGGCAUUUACUGAAAUGGGCAAGAGCGAUAGAGAAACUUCGCGGUCGAUGAGCACCAGUGCGCAGCAGAAUUUAUGGAGCGGCAGCAGCAUGCAUCAAGUAGGGAGUUUCGGGCGGGAAGAAUCUUUGGAGCAUUUGGAGAAGGCAGAGAGGGAAGAGAAUGCGGUCGAGAUAUAUCGAGAAGCAUUCGAGCUACAUUUUACCUCUUCUGGCACUUCGCAUUGUCAAGAGUCUCCUCCACAGCUUGUGGUGUCCCUGACGAGUAGUGGGCAUCUGAACCGCU